AUGACCGCUGGUAGGAAGCUUGCUGGCAAAGUGUGUAUAGUGACUGGGGCAACUCGAGGGAUAGGGAAGGGAAUCGCUCUACAGCUGGGUGAGGCUGGAGCUACUGUAUAUAUGACCGCUGGUAGGAAGCUUGCUGGCAAAGUGUGUAUAGUGACUGGGGCAACUCGAGGGAUAGGGAAGGGAAUCGCUCUACAGCUGGGUGAGGCUGGAGCUACUGUAUAUAUCACCGGGGUAGGGAUCGUCACAGCUCCACAGCUGGGUGAGGCUGGAGCUACUGUAUAUAUGACCGCUGGUAGGAAGCUUGCUGGCAAAGUGUGUAUAGUGACUGGGGCAACUCGAGGGAUAGGGAAGGGAAUAGCUCUACAGCUGGGUGAGGCUGGAGCUACUGUAUAUAUCACAGGUAGAACGUUAGUAGCUGCCAAAGACAAUAUAGCAGGGUCACUCACUGAAACUGCUAAACAGAUAGAAGAGAGGGGAGGGAAGUGUAUACCUGUACAAUGUGACCACACCAAGGAUGAAGAGAUACAGCAGCUGUUUGACAAAGUGAAGAGCGAACAGGAAGGCCAGUUGGACAUCCUCGUCAACAAUGCCUACAAUGCAGUCAAGGCUAUUUUUGACAAUUUGAAGGUGCCGUUUUGGGAACUCCCAAAGGAUAUGUGGGACACUGUCAACAAUGUGGGGCUCAGAAACCACUACCUGUGUACAGUCCAUGCUGCCAAGAUGAUGGUACCUAGGAGGCAGGGACUCAUUGUCAAUGUAUCGUCUGUCGGGGGACUAACCUAUCUCUUCAACGUGCCUUAUGGCAUUGGAAAGGAGGCUUGUGACAGAAUGGCUGCAGAUUGUGCAGUAGAGUUGAAGAAACACAACAUAGCCAUGAUCAGUUUGUGGCCUGGGGCAGUGAGAACGGAACGUAUCAACUUCUUCCUCGAACAAGGUUCCACUAAAAGUGGGGGAGAUGAUAUGAAAAGUGUAUUUGAAGAGGGAGAGACUAUAGAAUACUCUGGCAAAGCUGUGGUCGGUCUGGCGUCAGAUCCCAACAUCAUGAAGAAGACAGGAAAGAUCCAGCUGUCAGCUGACCUUGGAUAUGAGUAUGGGUUCAAGGACAUUGAUGGUCGAGAGAAGGUCUCUAUGAGGAAUCUGAAGCAAAUCCUGAUGCUCUCCCCUAACACACAGUGGAUAGGGAGGCUAACACCAGGGUUUAUAUACAUACCUAAAUGGAUAAUGUCUCUGGCAGGAAACAAGUUCUGAGAGGUGUACAGAACAGUGUUACUAUUGGUGCUAACAGUAUUAUCGAGAUGUGUGGAAUGUGCCAAACUGUUCAGUGUAUGAUAGAAGUAAAAGGGAUCAAUUUCAUUGUACAUGUACUCAUCUUAUUGACAACAUAAAGAUGUACUCAUCUUAUUGAUAACAUAAAGAUGUGGAGGUGUGCUGAUCUAAUGUGAUGAUAAUUACGCUUUAAUUAUAUUACCCUAGACCAUUAAUGGAUGAUAUCUUUUCCAACCAAUUUCAGACUUUCUAAAGCAUGAGUACUAUAUUUUUGUUUGUUUUUCACAAUCUAUGAUCCUUUUAUAGAAACUAAAUUACGAUCAUGAUCAAUUAAUUGAAUUAAAAACUUAAUUAUG